AGAAAAGUGGCAUAUUAUUCCCGGGGGUGUAUAUGGUCAGAUUUCAUGUGCUGAAACGCUGUCAAUUCCACUUUAAAUCGACAUCCAUUAAUGGAAAAUGGUCUGGGGAGUAAUACGGUUGAAUGAUCUUAUUCUCUUGUGGCAUAGACAAAUUACUUUAAUUUCAUGUUAAACUGGCAAUAAUUAUUAUUUGAUGGAGACGUCGUUACAAAUUACGUCGAUUUUACGUCGCUCGAUAACGUUAUGGAAAAGGGUUUAUUGGAUAAAUGUGGCAUCUACUCUUGCUUCAGAAAAAAGUGCUAGUUCACAGGAUUUGUUGGCUGGUUUUGAGUGGUCGUUGCCUAUUACCUGGCAACCCUGGGGCCACCCGUCUGCCUUGGAAACCAUAGAGAUGACGAAUAUGUUUACACACGUCAUCACUAGCUAUUUAGCAAGGGAUGUUUUACGUUGCAUGUGUUAGCUAUAUAUUGUGCUAGAACAAUAAACUAUUGGAAUCAGAAGAAAGUUUGCAUAUUGUUUUAAAAUAUUAGUUAUCUACCUUUUUCAUUGUUGAGUAGCUUGCAUUUAGCAGCUUGGUACUGAUAAUUAGCUAACGUUAGCAGAUUUGUUCAGCCAGCAACGCCUAGCAGCUAGCUAACGUUAAUCUGGACAAGCUAUCAACACAAGUGAAGGGGAGAUGUUCAAAGCAAAACUGCUUUUAAUUGGACCAAGUGAGUCUGGAAAAACAGUUCUAGCCAACUUUCUCUCUGACACCGUGGAUACAGUAGGAGGGGAAUACUGUCCUACUCAAGGUGUCAGGAUACUGGAGUUUGAAUCUCAGUAUGAGGGAAGUGGGGACAAAUCCUUGACAUGUGAGGUGGAACUUUGGGACUGUGCUGGAGAUUUCAAGUUUGAGUCGUGCUGGCCAGCAUUGAUGAAAGACUCCAAUGGUGUGGUGAUAGUGUUCAACCCAGACAUGCCACGCCACCUAACGGAAGUAGAGACAUGGUACUCCAUGUUCAUCUCCUCACAGGGGCUACAGGACAGGCAGUGUCUACUGAUGGCCCACCACAAGCCUGGCAGUGGAGUAGAUAGUGGACGACCCAACCUAGCUUCACAUUUGAACAGGUUACCAUUGAGUCACUCUAACCUGGAGGAAGAUCCUGAGGAUGUGCGGCAGGGGUUCCGCAGGUACUUGGAGAACAUUGUGCAAACACUGUCAGAGAGCCGGGAGCGAGAGGAGAUGUCUAUCAUUACUUAAGAUCAUCCCGAACCAAAGCUUCAUCUAUCGAAGGUUGGAUUUAGACUCCACUAGAUACUCUGCAGUCAAAGGCUCUGCAACCACUGACUUUAAGAAAAAAAAUUUACACACAGGUAUUUCUAACUUUAAUGAAUCAGCUGCACUUGUGCUUUUCCAAAACAAUUCCACCCUAUUUCCAAAGUUGGUGGCAAAAGUAACUAGAAAUGAAAUCUUUCAACCAACUGCACUUGGAUAUUUUGUGUGCAGACAAAUGCUUAAAAUUGUCUACUUUUAUAAAUUCUGAAAAAUAAAUGCAACAUGUAAUGUGUUGGUCAUGUUUCAUGAGCUGAAAUAAAAUAUCCCAGAAAUGUUCCAUAUGCACAAAGCUUAUUGCUCUCAUGUUUAUAUCCCUGUUAUUGAGCAUUUCUCCUUUGCAAAGAAAAUCCAUCCACCAUCCAGGUGUGGCAUAUAAAGAAGCUGACUAAACAGCACAAUCAUUACAUCUGUGGGCCGGCAGGUAGCCUAGUAACCGACUAGAUCAAAUCCCCAAGAUGACAAGGUAAAAAUCUGUUCUGCCCCUGAACAAGGCAGUUAACCCACUGUUCCUAGGCCAUCAUUAAGAACAAAUUCUUAAGACUUGCCUAGUUAAGGUUAAAUAAAAACAGGUUGCUAGGCCAUCAUUGUGCUGGGGACAAUAAGGCCACUCCAAUGUGCAGUUGUCUCAAUGCCACAGAUGUUAAGAGAGCAUGCAAUUGGCAUACUGACUGCAGAAAUGUCCACGAGCUGUUGGCAGAGAAUUUAAUGUUCAUUUCCCUGCCAUAAGUUAGAGGACACUCGUUUUAGAAUAUGGCAGUCCAUCCAACCGCAGACGGUUGAGCUGUCAACUUAUUUAAAAGUGGCCCAUGGUGGGGUUAUGGCAGGCAUAAGUUACGGACAGUUGCAUUUUAUCCAUUGGCAACUUGAAUACACAAAUAACAUGACAAGAUCGUGAGGCCCAUUUUAAGGUAUCUGAACAGAUGCAUACCUGUAUUCCCAGUCAUGUGAAAUCCAUAGAUUAGGGCCUAACACAUAAAUUAACUGAUUUCCUCAAACUCAGUAAAGUCUUUAUUUGAGUUUCUAUUUUUGUUCAGUAUAUUUCCUACUAAAAUGUUUCAGAAGAAAGUUGGCAACUUCAAUAUAUUUGAUAGCAGUCCUGUAGUGUCAUGAUAGUUGUAAAUGUUCCAAGUUAGUGCUAAAGUUCUUUAAACAAUAUACAUUUAUUAAUUGGAUUUCCAGUUGAGGUGGAAGUUAAGAGCAGAGCAACAAGACAGUCCGAUUUAUACAGCGUAUCCAACAAUGCCUCCUUUCCCGAUACACUCUCCAAUGUAGAACCACAUCAUCACUUCAGUGCACACCAAUCCAUUUCUGAAUGCAUCCUGUAACAAAAGCAUAUUGAGAUGAAUGCCACACAAAUACCAGCAAGUCACACCUUAAAACAACGUGAAUCUAUUCAGAGACAAUUCCAUAUUUCCCAAAUGGUUACGGUGUAGACCUAAUGUCUACCUCAAUCUUAAGAAGCACUUAUUUUGUUUAUGAAGGGACUGCUUGUUAAACACCCACAGUCAGAAUCCAAUGGGUAACAUAAAGAAAUAGCUAGCUACUUAUACAGUAUUGCAAUUAUUCAAACAAUCUUCCCAGUUUUCACCUUCACUGUGGUCUGUCCAAGGCGUCCACUGUUGACACCGGUGACAAUGUUUUUGAUCCCAAUAAUGGCCUGGGGAAUCUCGGCAGGGGAAGGGGGCACGAGCUCGACUUUAGCAUAGUGCCAGAAGGUC